CCUACCCUACCCUGCCCAUCUCACGGCCCUCAUUCUUUCUCGCUUUCUCUCUCCUUCCCCAAUAAAACCCAUCGUUACUUCCACCUCGUUUUCCCCACCCCCUUACCUCUGAACACCACCAAAUUAGCCAUUAAAAACAUAAAAAGCUCAAGAGGUAAAAGCUCUCUCGGGCUUCCCAUCACUAUGAGCGUUUUGGCUUCCCCUCUCGAACCUCUCGCUUUUGAUUUCGUGAGUUUCGGGUUCUUCACCUUUGUUAAUAAUUUGUGGACAUGGCUUGCUCUUAUUACGGCGGCUCUCAGCUUCUGGAGGCUCAGAGCCGCCGGUUCCAAUUCCUCUUCUUCUUCUUCCUCCUUGGAUUCUAGUGAAAGCUCAAAUGGAUCGACUCCACCGCUUGCGGAGAACACGGUGCCAGAGAAGGAGCCUACGACGACCUCGAGUCCAGCCGCUGCUCCUGUGGCUUGGGCUGUACCUAGUCGGAGUAGUGAAGAUCAUGAGGGAGUGGUGACAAAGGGCAUCAAGUUUACAGUGUAUUAUGAGAAUGAUGAUGAGGAGGAGGAGGAGGAGGAGGAGGAAGGUGACGGAGAAUUGACGGUGACGGAAGAAAAGGAAAUGGUUGAGGUGGAUGGUGGUGGGGAAUGGUGGGAGAGUUGGGAGAGAAUGUUGAAGAUGAGAAGCGGAGAGAUUUGUUGGUACCGGUACCAGGACAUGACGGAGAUUAACGGCAAUGUUGUUCGGUUAUGGGAUGCCUGCUGAAGAAUUCGGCCGGAUAGGGAUAGCUGCCGCAUCUCCAAAAACUGUGUCGUUUGGUAGUUGGUAAUUGCUAUGAAUAUAUGAACCUUUUUAAUGAAAAGGGGGUUACUUAAAGUUGCUCCUCCUGCAGAUUUUUAAGGUUUCUGAGAAUUGUACAUAUAUUUAGUUAGAUUAUUGAAUUAAAUAGAGCAUUUUAAUGCAAAUUUCAAAAGGGUUGCAUUUUUUGUUCAA